AUGUCAGAUCGGGUGAUAGCGUCCCGUCCCAGCCUUGAGCAGGUGCAAGCUAUAGUGGACUUUAUGGAGAAGCACCCAGCUCUAGGUUUAGGUCAACUAAGAGGUUUUGAGGGUAGAGAUGAGGGUAAGAAGCUGUGGUUAAAGUUGACCCGUCUGGUGAACAGUCUUUCCGGCCCUACCAGACCUGUGAAGUCUUGGGUAAAAUUUUGGGCUGAUAAAAAAUCGACGGUCAGAUCCAAGGUGCAGGCUACAGGUGACCCUAACAACCUCGGCUCCAACAUUGAGAAGAAGAUAUGGGAUCUCUUUCUGGCUAACGAAACUGGCCGGCCUCGUGGUGCAGUCAAAAGAGAAGUGGAGAACAACUUUUUAGAUGAGAAUUUCUACAAUGAGGACAGCAUGGAUCAGAACCAUGCGGAGUCUGAACAAGUGAUGACCUUUGAAGACCCCAUGACAGACACUGAAGAACGACAACAUCAGCUUAUGGAGAAAAUGUUGAAAGUGCUGGCUGAUCAGUCAUCCGCAAUGUCUCAGUUAGCGAAUGCAUCCCAUUUAAAUGCUCAAGCGAUGGAGAGGCUUGCUGAAGCUUCACAAAUACAGGCGAGAGCGAUAGACCGUCUGGCGAACUCUUUCGAGACCAUCAGUGCUGCGACUCAUGACGUUCGCAAUGCGAUCGUCGAUAUCGACGUGACGAUGAAGCGAUUCUACUCGACAUCGCCCACUUAG